CUUGCUGCAGUCACACCACUUUCUCUUCUUCACAACUCUCAGAUUGACAUUUCUAUAUAAAAAGCAGAUGUCAAUCUGUCUCAUUAUUCGGGAAAAUGUUUGAAAGCGAAAACAAGCAUUUCUAUUUGUGCAUUUUAGAAAUUUUGGCCGUUCUGGGUCUUCUGGCCUUAGUUCUUUGGCUAAGUUUGCGCCCAAAGUCCCCCACUUAUACCAUAGUGGAUAUCACCAUCCCAAAUUAUGGUUUGGAGAAUGGGACACAGAAUGGUUCUAUUGCAUACAUCCUUGAAAUUGGAAACUCCAACAAAGACUCCAGAAUUUAUUAUGAUACAUCAUACUUGACGUUCUAUUAUGGGCAGGAUAAAGUUGCAGAGACAACCAUAGCUCCUUUUCAUCAAGGGAGACACAAGACCCGUUCACAGUUGGGUGAUAUCGAUGCCAAUCCACAGGUGUGGAGAGCUGUUCGGAAUUCAAUAUUGAAUGCAACUGCAGAACUCAAGGUGACAUUGCUAACUAAGAUCCGAUACAAAACAUGGGGAAUCAAGAGUAAGCAACAUGGGCAAGACUUGCAAGGUUCAAUACCAGUAGGUAAAGAUGGCAAGCUUUCUGGUAAGAAGAAGAAAAUCAAGCUAAGCCAUGGUUCCCGGAAACUGAGGAGGAGCAGUCUCCGAUUAUUAGAUUAGAUGUUAUCAUAAGAACAGCCACAGUUGGGUGAUAUCGAUGCCAAUCCACAGGUGUGGAGAGCUGUUCGGAAUUCAAUAUUGAAUGCAACUGCAGAACUCAAGGUGACAUUGCUAACUAAGAUCCGAU